AUGGCUUGGUCCGUUGAUGACGAGAUAAAGUUAUUUCAUGCACUAAUGUACUUUAAGCCUGUCGGUCUAGAUAGAAAUUUUCAAAUGAUAUGCCUUGCCUAUCGCUUGAAUUUCACAGAGAAACUUGGGUACUCGGUGUCCGACAUAUGGCAGCAUUUAAGUAAAUUGUAUAACUUGGAGGAGUUGAAUGAGUCGGAAGUCAUUCCUUUCCCAAACAAGUCCUCCGAAUUUUCUCUUCCCGAUGAAUUUAAAGAACUUCAAGACCUCCCAUUUCCGCGUGCAAAGUCAUCCACAGUUAGUUUUUCUCGUCUGCCUCUGCCAUCGGGGCCUAUGAAUCGUCAGAGACCAAAACUAGGUUCAAGCAGUUCCUGGAAGUCAUCGUCACAGUUUGACGAGCACCCAACGACUCCUGUCACUAGUUCUCCUUCUCUGUCUCCCCGUUCCGUUUCUUCUCCAACGCCUUCUGCCUCUCUUCCUACCACUGCGCCUAGUGUCGGCAGCAAACGAACACGUAAAUCCCUUCGCUCUAACACUGAGCAGGACCUUGGAAUGCCUCCUCCACCAUCCUCUGUGUCACCUGUUAAGGUCGUCAACCACCCAAGCACUCAGGCUCCUCGAAAAAGUAGUCGUCGCCACAAUUGA